AUGGCGUUGGCGGUGACGGUGACGGUGGCGGUGCCGCCGCCGUUCAGCCACCCCCUGCGCCGGGGCGACGACGGGUGGCUGCUGCUGCUGCUGUUGGUAAAGACGGCGGCCGACGGCGGCAGCGGCGGCGAGUGGUCUCGGCGGUGGCUGUGCGCCGACCGACGGCUGUUCCGGGUGCUGCUGCUUCUCGCGCCGUUGACGUUCGCCACCACCGCCGACGGCCAUCGCGGGACGCCAUCGUCGGCGAUGACCGCGACCGCCGGCAUGUCCAUGCUAGCCGACCGCGCUAUUGGUCGACGAGCUGAUUUCCGUGGGCACGCCAAAACAAAACAAAAAAAAAACAAAAAAAUAAAAACAUAA